AUGACCUGCGGGUUAUUGGAGAAGUUCUUUCCAGAUCUGAAGUCCAGCAGAUUGAUUUUGGCCAAGGAUGACCCGGACCUUGAUGUUUACAAGACCAAUGCUGGGCCUUGGGCCAGUCGCAUCAUCAUGGGAGUGAAGGGUGCAGAACGUCAGAUUGCCUUCAUUGAUCAAAUUGCUCCAAAAGGAGCAAAGGUUAUGAUUUUUGACGACAACAUCCUGAAGUUCAUGGACUGCGGCAAAGCAAUAGAAGCUGGUGCACAACUGGACGAACUCAUUGCCAUGGGCUUCAAUGAAAUGGAACGUGCUGGUGCCAAAAUAUGGUAUGGCGCUGCCUUCGGUAUGGUAGCAAUGCACGAGGAUUCGAGGUACUCACUUUUCGGUCAAGUCAUGGACGACAUUGAGCGGUCUUGCCGUUUCUAUGAGCAUGAUGGUGCAACUGUGCGGGCAUGCACCUGGGAUGUAUCACAAGAGGAAAGGUGGUAUCUCAGCCAGUCUUUCUGCAGAAGACUACAAGGCAGAGAGUUCGGCGGCCAGAAGUGCCCUUCUGCAGAGAUUUCCACAGCAGUCGAGGGGGAGCGAUCGCGGCUGGAUGAUCAACUCAAAAGGGCUCACGGUGAAUGGGAAGUUGAGCGGCAAAGGCUUUCAAAGAAGUGCGAGGAAUUGCACGCUAAGGCCCAGAGCUUCCAAGAUGAUUCCAGGCGUAAAGAGGACCGGCUCAUAUUUGGACUGAAGAUGGUUGCGCUGGGUUAUUUUUUGCAGGAGGAGCUGCGCUCACUCAAGGUGGGACAAUGCUGGUCACUUGAGUGA